UUUCUAUUUUUUCUGUGAGGAAUUGGAGGAGGUGGAGAUUGGAACCAUUACUUUCGGUUUCACGUUGACUGGAUGAGCCCGGCAGAAGACGACAGAAAGAACAGGGCAUGGCUCUUCUGAACCUCUGUGGGUCUUCUAGAUGCCAGGACUGGCGAUUACCCCUCUACGAUGGCGAAAUUUCACCCACAAUCUCAUUUAACAAGUACAAUACUGAACUGGCGGUGCCCCCUGGAUGUCAGCCAGCAGACUUUCUCCAUCGUCUGGAGGGUGGGGUCGAUGGAGUAAAACUUGAACCAUGGCAUGGGACCACCACACUUGCAUUCAAGUUCCAGCAUGGAGUGAUUGUGGCGGUGGAUUCACGUGCAUCAGCCGGAUCAUAUAUCGCAACACUAAAGGUUAACAAAGUGAUUGAGAUAAAUCCUUACCUGCUGGGCACCAUGUCUGGGUGUGCCGCCGACUGCCAGUACUGGGAAAGGCUUCUCGCCAAAGAGUGCAGGUUAUACCAGCUGCGAAAUAAUACCCGGAUCUCUGUUUCAGCUGCUUCCAAACUUUUGUGCAAUAUGAUGGUUCAGUACAGAGGUACAGGUCUAAGUAUGGGCAGCAUGAUCUGUGGAUGGGAUAAGCAGGGUCCUGGCUUAUAUUACGUUGAUGAUAAUGGGACAAGGCUCUCUGGGAACAUGUUCUCCACUGGAUCAGGAAAUUCUUAUGCAUAUGGAGUUAUGGACAGCGGAUACUGCCAUGAUAUGACCCCUAAAGAGGCAUAUGAGCUUGGCCGGAGAGCGAUCAGUUAUGCUGCACAUCGUGAUAGUUAUUCAGGAGGGGUGGUGAAUAUGUAUCACAUGAAGGAGGACGGAUGGGUGAAGGUCGGCCAGUAUGAUGUCAGUGAAUUGCUGCACCAAUAUGAAGUAGAAAAGAAUCAGUAACUGGAGAGACUGUCAACCCAAAGGACCGCUACGUGCUCGAGGUCUUCAACAUUUUUCUGUUUUUUCCUUAUCACAACAAAUAUGCCAUUCGGUCACUCACGGAGGAAUAAAAGUUGUUUUGGAACAUUAUAUUUGUUUUAUUUC